CGCGUUCUCGUGGAGCUUUUCCGGUGGUGUUUCCUGUGUUUGUAAACUGACCUGAGCUGGAAUAAAAGAGCGAAAUUGAGCAGUACUAAGAAAAGACAUUGCUGCUCCAUGAUAGAGUCCGGUGAGACUUGUGUGACACUUCGUCCAAACUGACGUCUCAUCUACACAUCUCGCCUGUCUCUCAACCGCUGUCUACCACCAUGUCACACAUACCCGGCAGCUCGGUCCGGGACCACAUGAAAUGGGCAGGGCUGUUAGGAUGUGAAGCAGUGCUGUCCAGCAUGGCUCUGAUGCAGGCCAGUUCCAUUGCCGCUCCUAAGAAAAUGAUGUCGCCGCUGGGUCCGGCUUCAGGGCAUGGCUCAGCCCAGAGGGAUGCACAGGACCGUGGGACGCAAGGACACAUGGUCUUACCAACGAGCAUGACCUGUCCUCCACUGCUUCUGCGGAAGGAGGGUGAUUUUACAGCUCCCCGGUUGCUGGAUGAGAAGGAAAUGAGACCCAAUGAAGACAUGCAGCUAAAGAAAAAGAACAGGAAGUCGGGAACACCCUCAAAAGUGAGGGAGCAGGACGGGCAAGCAGGGAAGGCGGUUGUAGAUGAAAAUGGAAAUUGUCCACUUUCAAAAGUCCAGAAGAACUUUAUCUGUGAUCACUGUUACGGGGCCUUCAGGAGUGGAUACCAUCUGAAGAGACACAUUCUCAUCCAUACUGGAGAAAAGCCGUUUGCGUGUGCAGUGUGUGACAUGAGAUUUAUUCAGCGCUACCACUUGGAGCGACACAGCCUCACUCACACUGGGGUGAAGCCAUAUGCUUGUUCCAUGUGUGACAUGCGGUUUUUCCAACGUUACCACUUGGAGAGGCACAGCCUCACUCAUACUGGGGUCAAACCAUAUGCUUGCACCAUGUGUGACAUGAGAUUUUUCCAAAGAUACCACCUUCAGCGACACAGCCUCAUUCAUACGGGGGUGAAGCCGUAUGCUUGUUCCAUGUGUGACAUGCGUUUUUUCCACCGUUACCAUCUGCAGAGACACAGCCUCACUCAUACUGGGGUGAAGCCUUAUGCUUGCACCAUGUGCGACAUGCGUUUUUUCCAACGUUACCAUCUACAGAGACACAGCCUCACCCAUACGGGGGUGAAGCCGUAUGCUUGCUCGAUGUGUGACAUGAGGUUUUUUCAGCGUUACCACCUGCAGAGACACAGCCUCACUCAUACGGGGGUGAAGCCAUAUGCUUGUUCGAUGUGCGACAUGCGGUUUUUCCAACGUUACCACUUGGAAAGACACAGCCUGACUCAUACUGGAGAGAAACCGUUUGCAUGUGACAUGUGUGACAUGCGGUUCAUUCAGAGGUACCAUCUGGAGAGACACAAACGUGUUCACAGUGGUGAAAAGCCUUACCAGUGUGAGCGCUGCCAGCAGAACUUCUCACGGACAGACAGACUGUUGAGACAUCGGCGAUUGUGUCAGGGUCGCGGCGUGGCAAAGGUCGAGGCCCAGCCAUGCUCUUUCACCCAGGAGCCUCCCCCAGCACCUUCGUCCACGUGGAGUCCUCUUCAUCCCGCCCCGGGUCGACUCGCUGUCUGAUACCAUAGUCUUCAGACAAGCCCUGAGAAGACAGCACACCCAGACUUCUCUCUAAGCCACUGGCACUGUGGCCCCACCUGCUGACAGAGAGAUGCGCUACAGAGAGGACAAGGAAAAAUUCUCGUCUUUUGUUUCUUUAUUCAGAAACACACAAGGUUCUCUUUUGAUCAUUGAGGGUUGUUUUAUACUUUUUGGUAAUAUAUUAUGGGGUUAGAAUGGGUUUUAUGGUACUUUUAAGAGGUGAGGAACAAAAAACACACCUAACAUGGGAAUUUCAUGUUACUAACCAAAAAAGGUACAACCCAUCAUCUAUCAACUGACAUCUAUUGAUACACAUUUCAUGUAAGAUAAACAGCAUUGUGUGGUUAAAAUCAGCAUAAUGUGAUGUAUAGGCCUGCUGUAAAGUGCUAAGGGUUAGUUACCCUACUGUCCUGAGGACUCAGGUAAUGUCCUACUACCAUCGCAAGAUCUGUUUGUAACACUGUAACCAUGUGUAACCAUAUGGAAAUGCACAGUGUGUGUCCAUAUAUUAAUUCAUUAAGCACCUACAGGCUUUUUUCUCGAUAAAUGUUUUAUCUGAUAUUGUAACUAUGUAUGAAUUUGAAAGAUGUGUAUAUUACUAUGUGUAACAGCUGGUUUGUUCUCUGUCAUUGCCAUGAGCUGGUGGAAAUGACACCACCCAUUGAGUUCUGCUCACUGGAAGUGCCCCUUUCUCUGACUUCACUCACUUUAAAGACUGAGCAUAUGUUGUUUUGGGGGUCAUUGGUCCUCACCAUCAGAAAUUUUGCAUCAAGAAAAUGAUGUCUAUUUUAGGCCAUUAAGUUUUUCAUUGUUACAUUGUUUUAAUGAACAUUUAGCACAUUUCACUAAUAUUCUUAUUACCGUAAUGAAGAAAUACUGUUUUUAAAUGUACAUUAAAAUGAUACUGUAAUAUCAUCAUCAUCAUCAUCAUCAUCAUUAUUAUUAUUAUUAUUUUAAUAAUUUGUGCAAUGGGAAUCAACAGUAACUGUCAUUAGUGAGAAUUACAGAACUGUUUGCAUUACGUAAUAAUAAUUGAGGAAGUGUAAUGUGGCAAAAUGGCAGUGCUUAAAGAUAGGCUUCAUUUUCUAUAUGCAAUUUUUUUUCGCCCCUGAUUUUGGAGUGAUACAUGGCUGAGAUAUGUUUUUGUGAGAUUCAUUCAAGUAUUGACUAUACUGAUACA